UGGGGAUUUCGUGUGAUUACCUUCCUGUAUCAUAACAGUCUCCAUAAACACCCCAUCGAGACAGUCCGGAACCGGACACGGUCACUUAUACAGGACACCUCGAGAGAAGCUACGUGUGUAUAAAACAUGUCUGUGGGCUUGCGUGUUGUGCGUGGUCCAGACUGGAGCCAUGGAAACGUCGAUCAAGGUGAAGGUCACAUGGGAACGGUUGUCAAGGAUGAUAAGGAUAACUACGACGUGAUCUGGGACAAAGGCGGAAAAAGUAACUGCCGAGCGGGCAAAGGAGGCAAAUAUGACUUGCGGAUUUUGGAUAAUGCCCCUAUCGGUGCAAAGCAUACGGGGGUGAACUGUAAGAAUUGCAAAAAUAAGAAUUGCAUACAUGGCAUGCGAUGGCAGUGUACACAGUGCCCGGAUGUUGACCUCUGUAGUCAGUGCUACUUCACGAACGCCCACAGCCUAGACCACGCCUUCAAGCGUAUGGACAGGUCCGGCGGCACGUGGGUGACCGUAUCGAAGAGGUCCAUUGGUACCAAGAUCCGGGCCCUAGGAAUCUUCCCCGGAGCCAAGGUUCAGAGGGGACCUCACUGGGAGUUCGGCGACCAGGAUGGUGGUAUGGGGUCCAAAGGGUCCGUAGUUGACAUCCGACCUUACGGGUCUGCAAUUGGUACGAGAAAUGCGGUGAAGGUGAAAUGGCCAAACGACGAGUCGAACGUGUACCGAGUGGGCAGCCAGGGGAAGGUGGACGUUAAGUGUGUCGAGGAGGCGCAGGGCUUUUACUACUACAGGGAACACCUGCCAGUCGCCGGAACGACAGGUGAUACCGGGAUUAGACCGAAAGUGACCAACACCCCAAACGCUCCAAAUCCUACCCCGCCAAGGUCGCAAUUCAAGGUCGGGGACAAGGUCUGCGUCCAUCUCCCGGCCGAAUCACUAAAGGAGGUGCAGAGAGGGCACGGGGGGUGGAGCAUGCGCAUGAGUGAGUGUGUGGGGGAGACAAUGAAGGUGAAGAGGAUGGUCGAUGACUCUACAGUUGAGGUGGAACACAACGGGACUACGUGGCAGUUCUACAAGGGGGCGCUGUCUAAGGUGGGUGUAUUUAUAUGCCAAACGGGUCUACAAGGGGGCGCUGUCUAAGGUGGGUGUAUUUAU